CUUCGCCUGCCAGACAGAAGUUGUUCGUCAUCCGCCGCAGUCGUUUCGUUUUGUCGCUUUCUUGUCAGAGUCUCUUGCGAAAGCCAUCAAAAGCAAGAAAAAAAUCAAAGUGAUAUCAUCAUCGUCGUCAGCAGCAGCAGAUCUCGAUUCGGGGUGAGGCUCUUGCAAGUAUUUUCUACCGAGUGAUUGGCCGCUGAAGGAAAGGUGUUCCGGUUCCCGUUCAAUAUCCGGUGGUGUCUGGGGAAAAGCGAAGGUUUUGUCCGGUUUGCCGUUCCCCCGGUGGACUACUUGGAUCGGUGCGUGUGUGUGUUCCAGGCGAAGAACAUUUUUUUUUCUGUAUUCUCGUUACUGAUGAAGGAAAAAGUGGCCUAGCAGUUUAUUGGAGGAUUGUUCCCGUCACUGGAUUGAGUGAUAGUUUGGAUUGAGUCGUGAUUCCGGGUUAGGUGGUGGAUAGUUGCUGUUACUCUUUAUUCGGAGGCCCCCAGCUCUGAGUGGUGGAAGCACGACGUUUUUUUUUAGUUUCGACGGUACAUGGUCCGGAUUUGGUGUGUGCUCUCGGACACCGGAGUGACAGUGAAGCGUAUCGACACGACAACCAAUGCAGAAGUAGAAGCAGAAGCAGCAGCAGUAGUAGCGGCAGCCAGGGGGGAAACACACGUGUGGAAGAAGAAAGUACCGGGCGCUGGAAAACGGUGUUUGUGUGAAGGAAGGUACACACGAGAAGAAGAUGAUAAAAGAUUCGAAAAUGUAAAAAUAAAUGUGAUAAAUUCGACGUGUGAUCUCCCUAACAAGAAAACGUGAGCUGGAGCUAUAGAAGAAGAGAGCGAAAAGAUAGUGAAAGAGAGUCGGGCUGUGUAAAAAAGGGGCAGAGCUGGACAUACAGCCAGGGAAUUAAUUCACCCUCGUCCCGUAGUUGGUUGGUCGUGUCGUGGCGCGGUGGCUUACGGAGUAGUUCCCCGUAUUCCACACUGACUGCCCUGCUGUUUUGUGGUCUUUGACACACAAAGAAGAAAACAAGAAUUCCACCGCAUACAUGAAACAGUCGUCGACCGCCGGCCGCAGAAGCAAGUAGGGGGAGGAAAGUAAAGGCACAAGGUGCUCCGUGAGUUGUGAAUUGAGUGAGUGUAUCGCGGGCUAGUUGUCGUUUGGCUGGGUACCCGCGGCUGGAUGCCUACCUCUCUCUAGUUUCUGUAUUUCAAUUCAAGUGAGCCAACCGCAAAAAGCGAAACAUUGCGAUCACCUUCUCGGUUUUCUGCACGGUGAAAGAGAAGAGCGGUAUAGUGUAUCAGUAGCACCAUCAGCCCAAAUCAUUUGGCAGAAAGGAAACGAGCGAAAACAACGCACACCGGCAGCAAAAGAGGAACAACAUGGAGAAAACUGGAGUCAGUGCCAUCGUAGAGUACGACUACAGCGCCAAGGAAUCGGACGAGCUGACGCUGAAUCGAGGUGCCACCAUUACCAACAUCAAGAUACAACCGGGCGGCUGGUGGGAAGGCACACUGAUGAGUACCGGCAGGACCGGUAUGUUUCCGGACAACUUUGUCCGGGUGCUGGAACCAGACGACAAAAAUCCUGUCGUUUUGAGGGACAAAACAGCCGCCCAGAAUCGACGAUGUAAAGUCAUUUAUAGCUACCAGGAGAACAAACCCGAUGAACUUACGCUGGCCGUUGGUGACAUCGUGGAAAUCUUCGAGGAGGUGGAGGAAGGCUGGUGGAAGGGAAAACUAAAUGGUAAAAUCGGCGUAUUCCCGUCAAACUUUGUCGAAGUGAUCGAAUCGGCUUCGCCCAUGUCAGCAAACCGAACAAGCAGUAUCGGAUCGAAACCGACUAUCGCCAUGCUUCCAACCGGCCACACCGGUAGCCUGUCCAAAACUAACAGUUUGAACAAAAGCCGCAGCAGUCUGAACAGUUCCCGGGAAAACCUGGACGAUGUGAUAUCCAACCAGCAGCAGAUUCUACCGCCCGAUGCACCCUCCCUUCCGCCGAAGCCGGUGAGGGAGCUAUGCAAAGUGCUUUUUGCUUACGCGCCGGCCAACGAGGACGAAUUGCGACUGGUUGAAGGGGACAUCAUUACCAUCCUUACCAAGGAACUGCCGGACAAGGGCUGGUGGAAGGGGGAGCUGAAGGGCCGUGUCGGCGUGUUUCCCGAUAACUUCGUCAGUGUGCUGCCACCAGAAAUUUCCCCGGUGAAGGACUCAUUCCACGGGAAACCGGAGCGUCCUCCUCUGUCGAACAAAGUCCUGAUUGGCAAGCAAAACAAUAAUCAACCCGGUACGACGAACGCCUACCGGAAGGAGAGUUUCGGCUCGAAGGAUUCGCUCAACGAACAUUCCGGCACAAAUAACAACCAGCACGCUCCGACCGCAUCGCCUACUGUCGGGAAUGUGGCUGCCCACAGAAGAUCACUGGAAACACGCAACACAGAAAAUCAUCACCCCUCGACUACGGUACCGAACAACGCAUCCCCGGUAAUAUCUGCUCAGCAGGUGACCGAAAAACCCCCGCGUAAAAGCCUGGACAGCAAGACGUCCGAGAUACGGAAGAGUUUGGAAAAUUUGGAUGAUAAGAAAGCCACUCCUCCGCCAGUGCUCGGCAAGAAACCCCAGGUUCCCAUCAAGAAGAGUCCAUCGAUCACCAGUGUCACCGGCAAUCUGUUCGGGUUCAGCAAGAAAGGAAAGAACAGUGAAUGUAAGGUCCAUGAUGGUACGGAUGGUGUCGGUGGUAGUAAGAUGAAGUCUGAAGUGGCCGAUAACAAUGAGAAAAAUGUGAGCGGAGAACGGUUAUCGCGGGAAGAAUCGGAAUUCGGAGUCGUCGAGCGGGGAACCGUUUUGAAAGACAUGAGGGCGAAUCGGGCAAAGGCACCGAAGAGAAGACCACCGACUUCGGCGGGAAGUAUUAUCGGAGAUUCCUCCGGAACCAAUGGUUUGAGUAAUGGCAACUCUGGUUUGUUCCAUCAGUUGUCGCAAGGAGCGGAACCAGAGUCGCCAAAACCAGACCUGCUAAACGUUAGUCAUCAUAGCAAUAGUAAUGAGGAAGAGUUCAUUGCCAAACCCAAAGCCCGGGAAUGGGAGAAGCACAAAGUACCGUGGAUGGACGAACUGAAGGCAAGCCAGGCCAAGAAGACCUCCCCGAAUGUAAACGAAUCGAAAUCACCCGAGCACCAUUCCGUGACGUCGACGUCUACCAAUCAUCACCAAGAGCAUCAGGAGUCGUCAAAGUUCGAUAACAUUUCCAAAUCAUUCCAUAUGAGUUCCAGCACAGCCACUACGGCAUCGAUGGCGGCCUCCGGUCGAGCGAGACUAUCGGAACGGGCCGCUACAACCACGGUAGCGGAUGUUACGUCCUCCAGCAUGGUAAACAACGUUAACAAUAACAGUUCCUUCGACUUGAUUGCGUCCAGUAGAAAGGAGACAACAACCACCAGCAACAGCCAUCAACAUUCGUUAACCAAUAGUAGUGUCGAACAUUCCAGUAGCACGCACAGCAAUAGUAGCACUAACACCACAAUCAGCAACGUUAUGACUAAGUCAAUGUCUGCCCUUUCAACCAAGAUUGCCAUUUCGUCGUCGGACAGUGCCGCCAAUAGUAGUGGCACAAACGACGCUGCACCAACCAGUACCAACAGCGCCAACAAUCGACCGGUCAGUGUGAACCUGCGCAACCGGAGCAUAUCACCGACACCCAUCACCCGCAAUACCAAGACAAUCCACAUAACGGGGAACACCACCGCAGCAGAAUCGGCGACGAACAACGGCACGAGUACCACUGCCAUCGGGGGCAGCGCUCCUGUUACCUUGGACAACGUGUGCUCCCGGGUGCAGGAUCUGGAGCAGAAGGUAAGUAAGAUGGAGCGGCAACUGACCACCCAGAACAACCUGAUCGAGGACCUGAAGCGACUGCUGCGCGACGAAUCGGACAAGGUCAAAACCCUCCAGAAGGAGUUGGAAAAGUAUGCGCAGUGCGUGACGCAGGUAUGAUAAAAGUCGUUCACCAACAACACCCUUUGUACCUUACCUUGUAUUGUUUUGCGUAGUUGGAUUCGAAUCAGUUUUGUUUGUUAAUACACAAUCCACGCGCGGCCAUUGUUUCCCCCCUGCGCACAGCGUACCGAAGCCGCGAGGUGCAAACAUUCAUCCUAAGAAUACAUUCCUUCCUCCGCACAAAUAUCCAAUUUUAUCGAACUUUCUCUAGCGUGCUGUAAAAUAUAGGGAAACUAGCUUGCAACGACCGUUGUGCGAAAAAGUGUAGCCUAAUCUAAAACCACAACCGCAAAUAAAUAGGACUUUUUAUCGCCUAGAAAACCAA